GCAGGAGCUAGCGAACGACCUCUUAUGCGUCCAUUCGAGCCCUUUUCCUGCCUGCUCGUUAUCUCUGCUGCUCAGGGGAAGAAAGAACAUCUGUACAAAAUCCUAGUAAUAGGGGACCUGGGAACGGGAAAGACGAGCAUCAUCAAGAGAUACGUCCACCAGUUUUUCUCUCCUCACUAUAGGGCUACUAUUGGCGUGGACUUUGCUCUGAAGGUUCUGAACUGGGACAACUCAACUACCAUUCGCCUGCAGCUGUGGGACAUCGCAGGUCAGGAGAGGUUUGGGAAUAUGACUCGAGUCUACUAUAAAGAAGCCGUCGGAGCGUUUGUUGUUUUUGACGUGACGAGACUAUCCACAUUUGAGGCGGUGCAGAUGUGGAAGGCAGAUCUGGACAACAAGGUUCUUCUCCCAAAUGGAAAGGCCAUCCCUGCAGUCCUUCUCGCCAACAAGUGUGACCUGGCAAGUGAGGGUUUCCUUGGCAACAUCAACCAGCUGGAUGAUUACUGCAGAGAGAAGGGGUUCCACGCUUGGUUCGAGACCUCGGCGAAGGAGAACAUUGGCAUCGAGGAGGCUGCGAGAUCACUAGUAGCUAAGAUAUUGGAGAAUGAUGAGACGAUAGAUCACCCGCAACCUGAUGGAGAUGGAAUUAGGGUUGGAGAGGAGGACGGAAGGGCACCUAAGAAAACGAAAUGCUGCUAGUAUAGAGAGUAACGUACAGGACCUAUUUGCAGUAGUCCACACAUUUCACCACUCACUAAUAAUAGAUUGUGUCAUGAGCUAUAUUAUACUGUUCUGUGUUUGUGUUCAGAGAGUGUCUUUUCUACCUCAUCAUUUGUUCCACAAAUGACUGAUGUACGACAAAAGUAGGGGGGAGAGGGGAGAAGGGGAUAGCGGGCGGAGGGGUGAGUGGGUGUGGCCAAACUCAACUAAUUCUUUUAUCUGCUCGUAGUGCUGCUGUGGUGAUGAAAUGUUAUCAGUGCAGUUGGUCCAGAAUGGGUGUGGCUGCCGUGCCAGGUUUUGGUGGGUGUGGUCUUUAGUUCCUUGUUUCGUAACUACCACAUUCGGGAGGGAAGGGGCUGCAGGCAAAUGGAUGUCACUUUUAUCCAUAUAUCUCUGCAAAAUCAAAAAGAGAGAGAGAGUUAGGCUAGGUUCACAAUGUGUCACAUAGCCCGUCUGGCCGUG